AUGAUAACAGGCGGCUCCUCAGGGAUCGGAUACGCCAUUGCCGAACGAUUCCUCCAAGAAGGCGCAGACCGGGUUAUUGUCGUGGGACGGUCUUAUGAGCGACUGAUCCAUGCCGCGACGCGGUUGCAGAGAGCCACGUCUGUUGAUGAGGGUCUGAAGCUGCCGGAUGGAGAAGUUGGAACUACGAGAGUUCUAGAGGAGGAGCAGCAGAACCAGAAAAGCCCUGCAGAAGCGGUAGAACGGACACCGGGCUCGUUGGUCCCUGCGUCGGAUCGAAUCAGUCUACUAGUGGGCGAUGUAUCAGAGGCGAGUAGUUGGGUUCGCGAACUAGAAAAGGCGAUGCAAAACGUCGACAUCCUCGUCAACGCCGCCGGGAUCUCCAUCUCCAACAUCCUCCCAAAGCAGGAACCAGCCGACAUCUCAAGAACCCUGCGCACGAACCUCGAAGGCGCGAUGUUGACAUCGCGCGCACUACUCCGCGCCUCGAUCCGCAGUCGUCUCCGGAGGAGGAAUGAUAGCGAUGGUGAUGACGGCGCGAGACCCGCGUCGAAAUGCAUUAUUAACAUCUCCUCGUUACUGGCAGUGAAAGGGGGGACGGGCGCGGUGCCGUACGCGGCUUCCAAGGCCGGUCUGUUGGGAUUGACGAGGUCGUUGAGCGUCGAGGCUGCGAGUUCCCUGAGGGAUGUGGUGGUAAGGUCGAAUGCGAUUGUACCGGGGUAUAUUGAAACGCCGAUGAUUGCGGAUUUCAGCGGAAGCGAAACAAACCGGUUGAAAGAGAGCAUUCCGUUGCGACGAUUUGGCCAGCCUCAUGAGAUCGCAGAUGCGGCGGUGUUUCUGGCCCGUAAUGAGUAUGCUAAUAACUGCGUGCUUAAUCUGGACGGGGGAUUGAGUGCCGUAUAA